UGCUAUUCUCUGCAUCUCUCAUCUCUCAGAGACAUCUUCAAUGGCGCUUAUCAAACCCUAGCAAGAUUCAGCAGAAACCCUAGAUCUUUGAGAAUCGGAAACUAAGCACUCAGUUGUUGAAGACCAGAGAGAAAUCUUUUGGAAGCCAGUUUUUUAGUCAAUCCACGGGGACGGGGUCGUUUCGAUCUGUUUUGAUUGAUCAAUGGAGUCUAAGGUGCCGAGACCGAGAGGCAGGCCGAGGAAACGGCGAAGUCCAGAGGAUGAAAGAAUUGAUGCAAAAUCAAAUUCCCGAAACAAAAUGUUUGCAGUGGAGAUAAGAUCUAUUGCAUUGGUGGGUCGAUAUGUGUUGAAAGAGUUCUCGCGUAGUAGGGUUUUUUUAGGGAAGAUUGUUUCUUAUGAUACUGGAUUGUAUAGAGUUGAAUAUGAAGAUGGUAACUGUGAAGAACUAGACAGCACUCAGCUUCGGUACCUAAUUUUGGACGAUGCAUAUUUCGAUGAUGGGUUGAUUCAAAAAAAGAAAAGAUUGGAUGAACUAAUUCUUGAAAAGAUUUCAAAGAAGAUGAAUGUUGAUGAUUUAGACAAGAAAGUGGAGGAUUCAAAAAAUGUUGUAGAUGCGGAUGCCAUUUCUACAUUGAGUGAUUUGAGUGGUGCAUUCACAGUUGAGAAUGCUGAGGAGCAAGUAGAAGAUGAUGCAGGUUCUUCAAGUGAUUCAUGUGAACAUGUAUACGAUUGGGACAUGACUCCAGAGGCUGAAGCUCCACCUGUACCACGCCCAGAGUUGCCAUCCUCUUCUGGAACCAUAGGUGUACCAGAAGAGUAUGUUUCGCAUCUAUUUACUGUGUAUGGUUUUUUAAGGUCAUUUAGUAUCCAAUUGUUUCUCUGUCCAUUUGGAUUGGAUGAGUUUGUGGGGGCACUGAAUUGUUCUGCCCCAAACACUUUAUUGGAUGCUGUACAUUUUGCUUUGCUGCGAGCAUUGCGACAUCGUCUUGAAUCACUCUCUUCUGAAGGCUCUGAGCAAGCAUUAAAAUGUGUGAGGAACCAUGAUUGGAGCUUGCUCGACACACUGACUUGGCCUGUUUAUUUGAUCCAGUAUAUUACAGUGAUGGGGUACAUUAAAGGACCUGACUGGCAAGGAUUUUGUAAAGAUGUCUCGAAGGGAGAAUACUACUCCUUACCUGUGGGUAGAAAGUUGAUGAAUCUGCAAUUCCUAUGUGAUGAUGUCUUAGAAUCUGUGGAGCUAAGAGCUGAAAUUGAUAUGCGUGAGGAGUCAGAAGUGGGAAUUGAUCCUGAUGCAGUUCCAAUCAAUAAUCCUGAGAAUGGACCAAGAAGAGUUUAUUUAAGAUUUUCCAAAACUUCAGCCUGCAAGGAAAAAGAGACUAUGGAAAUGAUUUCUGGAAUCCAUGAGUUAAAUUCAUCUUGCAAAUCAACAUAUUUUGGUGAUUUUGGUUUUAAAGGUAAUCAAGUAAGAUCAAAUGCUGUUGAUGUCAAUCUAGAUGCAAACAGUGAUGAAUGUCGCCUUUGUGGCAUGGAUGGGACACUGCUUUGUUGUGAUGGAUGCCCAUCAGCAUAUCAUUCGAGAUGCAUAGGUGUCAUGAAAAUGUAUAUCCCAGAUGGUUCAUGGUAUUGUCCGGAAUGCACAGCUAAUAAGAUUGGACCCUUUAUUACUGUGGGAACAUCACUUAGAGGAGCAGAACUAUUUGGCUUUGAUUUCCAUGGGCAUGCCUUUUUCGGUACUUGCAAUCACCUACUGGUGCUCAAGGCCUCCAUCAACUUGGACCCAUAUCUAAGAUAUUACAACCUGAAUGACAUUCCAAAAGUCCUCAAGGUGCUUUCCUCGUUGAUUCAUUGUGAGCAACAGUACUUAGGUAUAUGCAAGGCAAUUAUGAAGUACUGGAAUCUCCCAGAUAGCAUCUGUUUUCCCAUGGAAACUAUUGAACCAGGUAGCAAUGUAGAGACUCUGAAGAAAGAUGAAAAUCCUGCUGCAUAUCUUCUGCCUCCUGGUAACGGAAGUUGCAAAUUUCCAGAUAUAGUUGAUGCAGAGAACACAAGUAGUUUUAAUGCAAAUGCAGAUAAUGAAAGAGUUUCAUAUGUGAACUCCUCAGUGGAUAUGAUGAAUCAUACUGGCCUUCCUGUUAUCAAACUAUCUGUGAAGAGUAAUGUUGAGCCUGCUAUGUCUGCUGGUUCUGUUAGGCAGCAGGCAGGCACAUCUGAUGUAACUUACCAAAGUUUGGUUGACAGAUCAACCAUGAUAGACCUUGCAACACCUACUUGUGGAAAAAUCAGUGGCAGUUACCUGGGACUUAUAAAUGACAAAAAUUUAGGAGGAAGUGGAUCCCACCAAAGCAAAGCAGACAAACAAUUAGAUUUUGGAAGUGACAUGAAAAUUUCAGUUACUGUUACUGACUCUACAUACAUGGGGCUAUCCUACAAACCUCAGGCUUAUGUGAAUCACUAUAAUCAUGGGGAAAUUGCUGCAGUUGCUGCCGCUAAGCUGGCCAUUCUUUCAUCAGAGGAAAGCCAGGUUGCUGGGGUUAACAGAUCAGGCAGUACCAGAAAAUUUAUGUCAACCAGUGACUUCUCCCUGCAAGCGAAAGCAUUCUCAUCAAUAGCCUCGCGUUUUUUCUGGCCGAGUGUUGAAAAGAAGUCUAUAGAAGCUCUGAGAGAGAGGUGUGGUUGGUGCCAUUCUUGCAAGGAAUGUAAAAGAGGUUGCAUGUUAAACUCUGCUGUCUCUAGUGCUACAAAAAGUGCUAAAGAGAUCCUCAAUGGUCUUCCUCCUAUUAAAAAUAAAGAUGGAAGCCUUCCCUGCAUUGCAACUUACAUUUUAUACAUGGAAGAGAGUUUAUGUGGUCUUGUGGCUGGCCCAUUCCUUAAUCAAAGUUACAAGAAACAAUGGCGUAAAAAACUGGAAGAUGCUUCAACAUUUAGUGCAAUGAAAGUCUGUUUGCUUGAACUUGAGAAAAACAUCCCCAUCCUUGCUCUCUCUACGGACUGGGUUAAGCUAAUGGAUGAUUGGAUGGUUGAAUCUUCAAUGAUGGAAAGCACUACAUCCACUUCAGGUCUAAUGCAGAAACGAGGACUGGGUAGGCGAUCUAAGAAACUGUCUGGUACAUGUGAAAUUUCAGCUGAUGACUCAGAUGAUACAAGUGUUACCUGGUGGCGAGGUGGGAGGUUAACAAAUCAUAUAUUCCAGAAAGCAAUUUUGCCAUGCUCAAUGGUUAAAAAGGCAGCAAGGGGAGGUGGUGUUACAAAGAUUGCUGGUGUUAGUUAUAUUGAUGGUUCUGAGAUUCCUAAAAGAAACAGACAAUUACUUUGGAGAGCUGCUGUUGAAAGAAGUAGGAAUUUAUCACAGCUUGCUCUUCAGGUUAGAUACCUAGACCUUCAUGUGAGAUGGAAUGAUCUUGUUCGUCCUGAGCAGAAUCCCCAGGAUGGAAAAGGUGUAGAGACAGAAGCCUCUGUUUUCAGAAACGCGACUAUUUGCGAUAAAAAAAUUGUGGAAAACAAGAUCGUAUAUGGCAUUGCUUUUGGCAAUCAAAAGCAUCUUCCAUCACGUGUUAUGAAGAAUAUAAUUAACAUUGAUCAAAAUGGUGAUGGAAUGGACAAGUAUUGGCUUCAUGAAACACGAAUUCCUUUAUAUUUGAUCAAAGAGUAUGAAGAAAAAGUGGGUAAAGCUCUUUUGACACCAGUGAAGAAGCCCUCUAAAGAGCUAUCUGAAUUGCAAAAGAGGCAGCUGAAGGCUUCUCGUAGGAAUAUGUUUGUGUAUCUUGUGUCUAAGAGAGACAAGUUGGAAAACUGCUCUUGUGCUUCGUGUCAAUUGGAUGUUUUACUGAGGAAUGCAGUCACGUGCAGUACAUGCCAAGGUUAUUGUCAUAAAGACUGUACUUUAAGUUCAAUUCAAGUGAAUGGAAAAGUUGAGCACUUCAUCAUUUGCGAGCUGUGUUCCCAUGCCAAGGGUCUUGCACAAAAUGAUAUCAGUAACAAGUCUCCAACUACUCCCUUGUUCUUGCAUGGACGAGAGUGGUACAAUACAAUGACAGCCACCAAAACCACACAGGUGAAAGGUUCUAAUCAACUGCUAAAACCACUUACCUCUCUCAGAAGUGGGGACGGUUCUAUAAAAACCAAGGAAAAUUGUCCUGAUGUUAAGCAUGCUGCUUCUGGUUCUAGCAUGAUGGUGAAACCCCGUAAUAGGUUGUGUCAUUGGGGAGUUAUAUGGAGGAAAAGAAACAGUAAUGAGACAGGCAUUGACUUCAGGCUUACAAAUCUUCUCCCCAGGGGUGGUUCAGAUAACUAUUUAUUGAAGCCUGUCUGCCAUAUUUGUAAACAACCCUAUAAUUCUGAGUUGAUAUAUAUUCAUUGUGAAACUUGCAAAAAGUGGUACCAUGCUGAUGCCGUUGAACUUGAGGAAUCAAGAAUUUCUGAUGUGAUUGGAUUCAAAUGUUGCAAGUGUCGUAGGAUAAGGGGACCUGAAUGUCCCCACAUGGAUCCAGAACUUAGGGAUCAAAAGCGCAGGAAGCAGUUUACGAAGGCACGGAAACAAGGGCAAGAAACUGAAGAUCUUGACUUUGAUUGUGGAACCGUUUCUGAAACUAAAGAGUGCAAACCAACCAUCCCAUUAACUUUUACAACAGAUGACCUCAUGCCUGAUGAUGAUCAUCUUCUUUUCUCUCUUUCAAAAGUUGAAGAAAUAAACGAGAAUGCACCAGAAGCUGAUUUGGAAUGGAACGGUGCUUCUGGAAUUGGACUGAAGAAGCUUCCAGUCCGGAGGCAGGUGAAACAGGAAGAUGACGAGGAUGGUUUUUCUGGAGCUAAUCAUUUUCAUACUGAAUUAUCCAUAUCUCACGAACCAAGCAACCAGAUGAAACCCAAGGAGGAGCCAUCACUUCCCUUUGCACAAUGGAAUGUCUCUGGCAGUGCCCCUGAAAGUGAGCUGCUAUUUGACUAUGAAACUCUUAACUAUGAAGAUAUGGAGUUUGAACCCCAAACCUACUUCUCUUUGAAUGAGCUGCUAGCAUCUGAUGAUGGUGAUGACGAGGUUGAUGAUUCCGAUCCCGCAUAUGUUCCGAGAAUAUGGGAAAAUCCACUUAGCUCGGCUUUGCAAGAUGGAGAUAAUGAACAGUGUCAAGUAGGCACUUCUAGUAAUCAAGCGGGACCUAUAACGCCAGUGAAAUCGGAUGUGAACGAGCUGAAAUGUAGGCUUUGUUUUCUCGAGGAACCAUCUCCUGAUCUUCUCUGCAGGAUUUGUGGGUUUUUAAUACACAGUCAUUGCUCUCCUUGGAAUGAGUUGGCGCCUUUAGAUAGCAGCUGGAGUUGUGGCCGUUGCAGAGAAAGGUGUUAGCUAGAUGCACGAAAGUUUUGGUUAUCUUCUGUUGCAUCUGCUGCUCUGAUCCUUUCUAUUGGACGAGAGAGAUAAACUGAUGCUGCUGAUUGCUCCAUUGGACCUCAUUUUGCAUUUCGAGAAUAUGAGGAAUGCAUCAUUCCAUUUGUCUUUGAUGUUAUGGUCCAUGGCUUAAUGUAUUUGAAAAGUAGGUUAAUCAGGGAUGCAUCAUCUACUGCAUCAGGCAUCACCAUUAAAACAGAAAGAUAUAGGUUGUUUUGUUCCACAAGCAAUAUCUACAAAGAUCUUGGAAGAUAAACAAGUUCUUCAGUUCUGCUUGCCGAUUGCCAUUCUUCUGUAUAAAUCAAGACGAACCCAAUUUAGAUCAAGAGGGAUUUUUAUUUAUUAGGUAGGUGUUUUGUUCCUCAAAAGGAAAAGAUAAGAUGAAAUCAUCAAGAAAAGGGAAAUUAGAAAAUGGAUGCACCAUAUGCAACUUUGUUUUAGUCAUUUCGGGUCAUGUAUCUCGUUAAUUAUGUGCACUUA